AUGACGUCCACGCAAGAGGUUCCUCUUGUUCCCCUCAGCAGCCUUCCCCCAAUUCAAGAUGAGGAAAGAGCUAUCCAAGAUGGCAGUGAGUCUUCGUAUGUGAGUGACCCCAAGGAAGCGCGCCGACGUGCACUGGCCAAGAUCGACAACGCCAAGUUCGGAUGGCACCAUGUUCGCGCCGUGGUAGUUGCCGGUGUGGGCUUCUUCACUGAUUCCUAUGAUAUCUUUGCCAUCAAUCUUUGUGUCAGCAUGCUUGGUGUCGUCUACUGGCAGACAGCCAAGUCCAAUCCUGGCAAGAUCCCCUCCAGCUCUGAUACCGCCAUCAAAGUCGCAACAUCCGGUGGUACCGUCAUUGGUCAGCUCUUCUUCGGCUGGCUUGCUGAUCGUAUUGGUCGCAAGCGCAUGUACGGCUUUGAGCUCAUGAUCAUUAUCCUUGCUACCCUGGCUCAGGCCCUCGCAUCUGACUCCCGCUCCAUCUCCAUCACUGGUCUGUUGAUCUUCUGGCGUGUCAUCAUGGGAAUUGGCAUCGGAGGAGAUUAUCCGCUCUCUUCUAUCAUUACUUCUGAGUUUGCUACCACCAAAUGGCGUGGUGCGAUGAUGGGAGCUGUCUUUGCCAUGCAAGGCAUCGGGCAAUUUGCUGCCGCAAUUAUCGCCUUGAUCGUUACCGCCGCCUUCAAAGAGUCUCUUGAAACGGCAAAGGAUGUUGCUCACUGCACGGGAGUGUGUCAACUCGCCGUUGACAAAAUGUGGCGCACUGUCAUUGGACUGGGUGCCGUGCCUGCGUGUGCAGCCCUCUACUUUCGACUUACCAUCCCCGAGACCCCUCGUUACACCUUCGAUGUCGACCGUGACAUUCUCAAGGCUGACUCGGAUAUCCGUGCCUACAUGAAAGGAGAGAGUGAGGGCCACCCGGAUGAAAUUCGCCGCAUCGCCCUCCUUCGCAAUGAAAACACCGAAGCCAUGGUUCCGAAGGCGACAUUCGCGGAUUGGUACAACCAUUUUGGCACUUGGAAGAACGGAAAGGUCCUUCUCGGCACGGCUGGAUCGUGGUUCUUCCUCGAUGUUGCUUUCUACGGCCUCGGCUUGAACAACUCGGUUAUUCUAGGUGCUAUCGGAUGGACAGGCGGACACGAUGUUUACCAGGUGUUCUACCGCAACGCCGUCGGUAACCUGAUCCUCAUCUGUGCCGGUGCCAUCCCGGGUUACUGGGUGACUGUUGCAACCGUUGACACGAUCGGCCGUAAGCCAAUCCAGUUGUUUGGGUUCAUUAUGCUUACAAUCCUAUUCAUCAUCAUCGGUUUUGCCUACCACCCUCUGAAAAACUCGCACAAUGGUCUGCUCGCUCUCUACGUGCUCGCACAGUUCUUCUUCAACUUCGGUCCCAACGCGACUACCUUCAUUGUGCCUGGGGAAUGCUUCCCUACCCGGUACCGUUCCACCUCCCACGGCAUCAGUGCCGCGACUGGCAAGAUCGGUGCAAUCAUCGCACAGUGCGUGUUUGGGCCCCUCGUCAACAAAGGUGCUCCCAAGGGAACCUCCAACAGCCCUUGGCUCAACCAUGUCAUGCAGAUCUUCGCACUCUUCAUGCUUUGUGGCGUCUUUACAACUCUGCUUAUUCCCGAAACCAAGCGACGCACUCUGGAGAGUCUUGCCGGAGAGGAAAUUGUGGAUGAUGGUGUUACCCACCAUCAUGCAUCCGAGGAAUCUAGCCGUAAGAAGCCUGACAUGAUUGCUGUGUCUGGCGUCACUCCUCCGGGAAAUUAG